AUGAAGUCGAAUGUUCUCCUCUUCCCCGUCCAGUUCUGCUUCCUUUUCUGUUGCUGGAGAGCAAUCUGCUGCAGAAGCUGCGAGCUGACCAACAUCACCAUCACGGUGGAGAAAGAGGAAUGUAGCUUCUGCACAAGCAUCAACACCACGUGGUGUGCGGGCUACUGCUACACCCGGGACUUGGUGUACCGGGACCCAGCGAGGCCCAACACCCAGAAAACAUGCACCUUCAAGGAGCUGGUCUACGAGACGGUGAGAGUGCCCGGCUGCGCUCACCGCGCAGACUCCCUGCACACGUACCCGGUGGCCACCGCGUGUCACUGCGCCAAGUGUGACAGCGGCAGCACCGACUGCACCGUGCGGGGCCUGGGGCCCAGCUACUGCUCCUUCAGCGACGUCAGAGAGUGA